GGGUAAUUCUACGAGAACGUCACGAUUAUCUGCUACGAAAGAGAGUUUGCUUUUUAGCGCAGAUUAUCAUCCCUUAUGGCUGCGGCAUAAACCUCGCACCCGUAUGCGGAGUAUAUAAGUCUGGGCGAGAAAUGCCCCGUGUCAGCGAGCCUUGGUUCUUCUCGUUAUCUCCAACCUCCACUACUUGCGGACGGUGUCGCCAUGGAGAAAACGCCUACAAGCCAACCCCAAGAAGAGUCUUGGGGGUUGGACGGAAUCAAGCUGAAGGAAGAGAGGAUGCUGCCUCGAGAUGUUGACCUGGGGCAAGUGCUGGAGAUCGAGGCCACGCCGCAGCAGGAGCGACAGGUUUUGCGCAAGCUGGAUCUUGUGCUCAUACCGCUCAUGGGUGUGUGUUAUAUGAUGCAGUAUAUGGACAAGCUUGCUCUAAGCCAAGCCACGCUUUUCAAUCUCCGACAAGAUCUGCAUCUCGCAGGAACAGAAUAUACGUGGACCUCUGCUGUCUUCUACUUUGGAUAUUUCGCCUGGAGCUGGCCCAGUUCAUAUCUCAUUGUUCGAUUGCCGAUAGCCAAGUACAUCAGCGUCUCAGUACUUCUCUGGGGUGGUAUUUUGAUGUGCCAUGCGGCUGUGAAGAACUUUGGCGGCUUGAUGGCUGCUCGAUUUUUCCUUGGUGUGGGAGAAGCAGCCAUUGCUCCAGGCUUCUCACUCAUUACAGGCAUGUUCUAUCGACGUGAAGAACAACCAGCCCGCCAAUCGGCCUGGUUCUUGGGUAAUUGCAUCGCCACUGUCAUCGGCGGUGUCGUCGCUUACGGGAUCGGCAAUAUCAAAGUCGAUGCAAUUACCAGCUGGCAGCUCCUCUUUCUCUUCCUCGGCGCCAUCACCGCAUUCAUCUCAUUCUUCCUUUUCGUCCUGUUGCCAGACUCGCCCAAGAAAGCCAUCUUCCUCACCAAGCCGCAGCGUAUCAUCGCCGUACAACGGACCCUCAAGAACAAAACCGGGGUUGCCGAUGAGGGCCAGUUCCAAUGGCAUCAGGCCUGGCUUGCCAUCCGUGAUCCGCAGACCUGGCUUCUCGUGCUGUAUACCUUUUGCGUCAAUCUCUGCAACGGUGGUGUCACGAGUUUCUCCUCAAUCAUCAUCAACGGCUUCGGCUUCUCCCAGAUCCGCUCCCUCUUGAUGCAGAUGCCUCUUGGCGCCGCGCAGGUUGUCUUUCUGUGUCUUACGGCAUCGGUGGCGACCUUCGUCCCCAACACCCGAAUUCUCAUGAUGAUCCUGAACACAACCACCUCGCUGAUCGGCAUGAUCCUGGUCUGGCGUCUCGACGACGACAACCAAGUGGGACGGCUGGUGGGGUUGUCCCUCGGCGCCGUCUUUGCCGUCAACAUCCCUCUCUCCCUGAGCAUCAUCAGCUCUAAUGUCGCUGGGUUCACAAAGCGGAGUACCACCAGCGCGCUCUUGUUCAUUGCUUACUGUGUGGGGAAUAUCGUCGGCCCGCAGUUCUUUCUCUCGUCCGAAGAGCCACAUUACCCGACUGGAAUGAAGGCCGCGAUAUCAGGAUUGGCCUUUGGUGCUUUUUUCCUCAUGUGCCUGCUCGCAUAUUACAUCUUUGAGAACCGGCGACGAGAUCGCGUGUAUGGCCCUCCCGUACAGAUGAACGAAACAGAGGAGUUGGCGCUAGGGCUGUCCAACCGGACGGAUCUGGAAAUUGAGGAUUUUCGAUAUGUUUUUUAAGAAUGAAUUUAAUCAAACGACUAAGAUUAUGUACGAGCCUUGGAUUAUCUACUCAUGUCCUCCGCUUAUAUCUCACCCCGUGGCUGACUAGGAGGUACUUGGAGAAGACAUCCUCGGCGAAGUCGUCGAAGGGGUCGUACACUGCGCCCAGCCGGUAGGCCGCCGCCAUGCCGGAGA